AGGAUCACAGGCCUGCUGGUGCAGUUCCGCGGGCAACUUCGUGACGAUUCCUCUCCUCAGUCAUAUCUUCGCCUCGUCGCGGGCGUGCAGGCCACCAUAAGGUCAAGGGCUUUCGCGGAAGCCUCCGCGUCUGCGAGCCAGCUGUCCCCUGCACCCGUUCAGCUGCCAUUGACUGAGUCUUGAUCAGGACUUCUGCAGACAUGGCCUCGUCACCGAAAGCUUCUAGCGUGAUGACGACGACGCCGCCGCCUCCCGCCCGGCAGCUCAGUUCUCUGUCCGUCGCGCGAAAGAUGACUCUGCUUGCGACUUUCUGCAUGGCCCAAUUUAUCGACUCGUUCAGCAUCUCCGCUCUGUUUGCUGCGACUCCGCCCAUCUCGGCAGACCUGAACAUCUCGGACGCGGUGUCUGUGUGGACGACAAGUGCCUAUCAGCUCACGUUUGCAGCUUUCCUACUCACUAGUGGCCGCUUGAGUGACUUAUACAGCCCGAAAUAUGUCUUCCUUGUGGGCGCAUUCCUCGUCUCCUUCACGUCACUUGGAUGCGCCUUUACGCGUGCGCAAAUCCCGCUGUUCCUCCUACGAGGCUUCAUGGGAGUGGGCGCGGCACUUAACAUUCCAUCGGCGAUGCAGAUCAUUGUGCGGAUGUUCCCUACGCCGCAUGUACAGUCCAGAGCGGUAGCCGCCUUUGCCGGUUGUGCUGGUCUGGGUAACGUAUUUGGAUUAAUCAUCGGUGCACUCCUGGUGUCUUUUGCGUCAUGGCCUGCAGUGUUCUACUUCAUCACUGCAGUCUGUUUCUUGAUGGGUUCCCUUGUAACCGUCCUCCUUCCAUUCUCGAGGAACCACGACAAUAACACUGGGUCUCGCCUUGAGACGUUCAAGAGAGUAGACAUCGUUGGCGUAUCACUGCUGACAGCUGCACUCGUCCUCUUCGUGUAUGCAGUCACGAAUGGAGCCGCCGUCGGAUGGAGCAAGGCCGCCACUCUCGCUCCGCUGGUGAUCUCAAUCGCCCUGGGUAUCGGGUUCUUUGUCUGUGAAGCAUACACCCCAGAAGAACGUGCUGCAGUACCUCUGAAAAUGUGGAAGUACGAGAACUUCACAAUCAUCGUGAUCCUCGGCUUGCAGCCUCGUAUGUGGUGGGCCUCCGUGCAACUGUUGUACUCCUGGUUCUACCAAGACGCUCUCGGAUGGUCGACUAUCUACACUGCCAUCCAUUUCUUACCAGUGGGCCUUGUGUCUGUCCUUUUCAUGGCCUUUACGAGCUCUCUGCAACAACGUUUUCGUCUCAAGUGGGUCAUGCUGGGUGGACAGGCACUAGUCCUGAUCGGUACCAUACUACUCGUUUUCGGGGGUUCUGCAUCGCGCUACUGGCAGUUCGCCUUCCCCGGCUUCUUUCUGGGUACGGCAGGAACGACGAUCGUAUUCGGGACAACGAAUAUCGCACUCUUCGCUGUGACCCCGCCCCGCAUCGCAGCGACAGUGGGCUCUAUCCUGACCGCCUCAGGGCAGUUCGGAAGCGCCGCGGGCACAGCCAUCAUCACGUCCAUCCAAACUACCGUACAGCAGACACACGGCGGCCCGGACAGUUUCUCAGGGCGAGAGGCCGGCCUGUGGUUCAUCGUGGGUAUGACAGCAGCGGAGACGCUCUCUUUGCUGUUCUUCAUGAAGAACGUUGUCGCGCCCAGUCGGGACCGGACAAAGGCUGCACCAGAGGCUGCAGAUGUAACCGUGAAUGCAAUCAACAUAGAGAAGAAGGUUACGGAAGAGAAACAGACGAUAGAGGAGACGGUUGUGGCUGACCCGACAGAUUACAUAGAGUGACCAUAUCAACUCAGACUAAAUGAGACUGCUGCCAUGGCGUCGUAGAUACAUUGCGGAUGUACUGUACAUUGAUGGGUCACCCGCACAUAGUAGAGCGGAGGGGUACCCCGGCUAGUGAACGCAGACUCUUACGGAAGCUCAUUGUCACCUACAGUAACUUAGCGUAUGGAGAGAAGCUACCGCCCAAAGCGCACACAUGGAUGGAA